AUGGCGUCCACGGAAGACCCAAUUCCUACUGCUCCUGAGGCCACCGAGUCUGUUUCCGCCGACCCUGCUGCUUCAGCUCCGGAGACUACAGAGCAUCCUCCACCGGCAACGCCCGUAGACUCGGCCCUGCUCUCGGGCUCAGAAGCCAUAACCAGCCCGGAAACAGGCAAGGAAAAUGCGUCUCCGUUGAAGAAGACUACUGCCCCAGCGAGUGCCACCAAGAGGCCUACCUCCAGUACGACAACGACAAAGCGACCUGUAGGAUCGACGGCGACAUCGGCUACGAAAUCAACAGCGCGAACCAGUACUGGUAGCACUUUGAACAAGCCUCCCACGCGCCCUACCACCACUACUACGAGCACUGUGCGCCGACCUCCCAGCACAAGCACUACGGCCACCCAUCGGUCCCGAGCAUCCAUCAGCAGCUCCGCCGAUGAAAAAUCUUCCAAAGUAGCCAGCUCUGGUGAUGAAAAAAAGGGUAUCUCGAGCGCUGCCAAGCGCAUGUCUCUAGCUGGUACCCCUUCUACUCGUGCCCCGACAAAGACGACGACCUCAACGGCGGAUCGUCGUACCAGCGUGAUAGGUUCUGCUGUCGACAAAAAGCCCUCAACAAUUACUCCCCGAACUACCACUACUACUAGACCAACGACUACCACAACCCGGACUCCGACUACAAGCACUUCCACCGCUCGAACUGCAACCCGACCAACUUCAACAGCUACCCGGCCAACAACGUCAUCUGCAACCGAUGCUAAGAAGAAAUUGAGCACUGUUUCAGGCGCGCGACCGGCCGGUGAUGCCGUUGACUCCGCGAAGCUAGCCGAGUUGCGGGAGAAACUAACCGCAAACGAAGCCACGAUAGCAAGCUUGAAAACUGAGUUAGAAAGCGCCCAGACAAAACUAGCUACUUCUGCUCAGUCAGCAGAGGAUGAGUCAUCCAAGGCUGCGACUGCAACUGCGACAGAUGAAAUCAAAGCAGAGCAUGCCGCUCAGAUUGACAAACUUUCUCUUGAACACGGUCAAGCCAUCCAAGCUCUACAGGAGAAACUUGAGGCCGCGGAAACCAAACACAAAGAACUUGAAGUCAAAUCUGUGGAAGAUCUGGAAGAAGCUAGGAAGUCCGCAUUAGAUCAAAAUGACUCGCAAACAGUCUCAAUGUUGGAGGAAAUCAAGGCAUCGCAUCAAGCAGAAUUGGAGAAUCUGCAGAAAGAGCUAGAGGCCGAGAAAACCGCGGCGGCCGAGACUAGAUUGCAGAUUGACCAAUUGACAGAGGAGCUGCAGACCCAGAAAACGGCAUCGGAAGAGGCUUCCAAGGUUGCCCAGGAAAAAGAGGCCACUACUCUUGAUAAGCACAAUGGUGUUGUUGAACAGCUAGAAAGGGAAUUGAAGGGACGGGACCAGGUUGUUGAGAAUCUUGAAGGUGAAUUGAAGAAACUCACCGAUACGAAAGACAAGGAAAUCGCCGCAGAGAAGGAGGCUAUCGCUGACAAGACAUCUUCACUUGAGUCCAAGAUUGCUGAACUUGAAAGCCAACUCUCUAAUGCCAUGUCUGCCCAACAAGACUCUGACAAGGUUAUCAAGCAGCUCAACGAAAAGGAUAGUGAGAUCGCCGAACAGAACGAAGUCAUCAAGGCAUUGAAAGCUGAAAUUGACCAGCACAAGGAGACGUCUGGGUCGUUGAAAGCUGAGAUUGAAGGUUUGCAAGCGAAGUCUAGCGAGGCAGAUGACAAGAGUCGAGACCUGAGUGUUUCACACGAACGUGCUCUGGCAGAAAUCAAAGCUGAACACGAUUCCAAUACCGCCACUCUCGCUGCCAACCAUGCUCAGGCGCUCACAGAAGCCAGCCAGACUGCCGAAGCGUCCAGGAAUGAGCUUCAGCAGAAACUUGACGCAGCUGAGGAAUCCACCAAGCAGACGCAAGAGAAGCUUGCCGCUGCCGAGCAGGCCCUUGCGGAUGCUCAGCACAAGUACGAAGAAAGCGCUGGCUCGGCCAGUGAGGCUGCGAAGCGGGAAGUUGAGUCAUUGAAGGAGAAGGUCGUCUCUCUGGAGGAAAAACUCAACUCUAGUAACGAAAAGAUCCAAACCCUUGACGCCGAUUUGAAGGCCAAGCGCGAACAGCUCAACUUGCUCCAGCAAAAGUUGCAAGACGAAGCCACUGCCAACUCGCGAUCUGCAGAAGAGCUAUCGGCGGAACUGGCACGUCUUACCGAGGAGCACGCACGUGCUAUUGAGGCUUUCAAGGCUGGCCACUCAGCUGAGAUUGAAAAGCUGACUGCGUCUCAUACGGAAGCGCUUGGGGCUAUUCAAUCCAAGCAUGAUGAACUUCUUUCUUCUCGAGGGGACCUUGAGUCAAGCCAUGCUGAGAAACUUCAAGCUCUACAGUUGAAGCAUGAUGAGCUUCUUUCAACCAAAGCUGACCUCGAAUCGAACCAUGCUAAGGAGCUCGACGCUCUGCUAUCGAAGCAUGACGCGCUUCUUGCCUCUCAGGGUGAGGCUGAAUCGAACCAUGCUAAGGAGCUACAAGCUCUGCAAUCGAAACACGACGCGCUUCUUGCCUCCCAACGCGAUGCAGAAUCGAGCCAUACCGAGAAGCUUCAAGCUCUUCAAGUACAGUUAGCUGCAGCCCAGGAAGAGAGUUCAUCCCAGGUGACAUCUCUAACCGAAUCUCAUAAAGCGGAGAUCGCGGCUUUGACUAAAGAGUUUGAGGGAAAACAGGCUAAGUUGAAAGAAGAAUUGGAGAGCUCCCAAGCGUCCAAGUCCGCAGAGCUCGACUCUGAUCACAGCAAUGCCAUCGAGGAACUUCUCACCGCUCACGACGCCAAACUGACAAGCCUUCGAAGUGAUCUGGAGGCAUCACACCGGGAGAAAGUUGACUCUCUGCAAAAGUCUCACGAGGCAGUCCUUGCCGAUGUGAACGAACAACUCGCUGUGGCUAGCUCAACGGCCGCGGAUACCUCUGUUGUUGAUGGCUUGAAGCAGCAGAUUGCUGACCUAGAAGCGAAACUCGCUACCGCGAACGACAAGCUAGCUGCUGCUGAGCAGAAAUCUACUGCGGCCAGUGAAGAACUUGCCAAGCUGAACACUCUCAAAUCUACACAUGAGCAGACCAUCAGCGAGCUCGAAUCCGCCAAGAGCCACAAAACCGCCAUGGAGGAACAGAUCGUCAAGGGCGAAAAGGAACUCACCAGCCAGAUUGAAAAGAACAUGUCCCUCUUGACACAACUGACAGAAGUUGACUCUGCAAUCUCAAACAACCGCAAGCGCGUUCGCGAACUCGAGGCCGAAUUAGCAUUGCUCAAGGAGGGAAAGAAUGAGACAAGCAAAUCGGGAGAUCUGUCGGCGAGCAAAUGGGCUACUGCAGAUGACGAGGCUGAUGACAAGAACGCGGCAGCUGAGGAAGGUGAGAAGCUUGGUUCUUCCAUUGAGGGAACGAUGGCAAGCAUUCAGGAGCAGCUUAAGCAGAUCCGGGCUACUAGUGACGAUUGGUACGACGAGCACCGGAGAAUCAUCGGUGAACUCGUACAGGUUUCUCGCGGCACGACUCCAGAACCGUCAAAGACCACAGCCGGAAAGUCGCCGACUGCAUCAACCAUCCAAGAAGCAGCCGAAAGCUCUCAGACUGAGUAG